AUGUCGUCUUCAACUUCUACCACUACAGCUACUAAGAAGGCUGCUCCAGUUGAUUAUUCAAUUUCAAACUCCGAUGUUGUUUUUAAAUAUAAAACUGCUGGUAAAAUUGCAAAUAAAGUUAUUGCUCAAGUAAAAGAAUUAGCAAUUGCUGGUUCAAAUACUUAUGAUUUAUGUGCUAAAGGUGAUGAAUUAUUAGAGGAAGAAUUAUCAAAAAUAUUCAAUUCCAAAAAGACAAAGAGCACUCCAAAAGGUAUUGCUUUCCCAACUACUAUAAGUCCUAAUCAUGUUCCAGCUCAUUUGGCUCCUGUUAGUAAAGAUGAUGAAGCAAAUAUUGAAUUGAAAGAUGGAGAUGUUGUAAGUAUUCAAUUAGGUGUUCAAUUAGAUGGAUUUCCAGCAAUUGUUGGUGAAACAUUUGUUAUUGGAGCUUCAAAAUCAAAUCCAAUUGAUGGUCAAAAAGCCGAUUUAUUAAAAGCAGCAUGGACUGCAUCAGAAGUUGCAUUAAGUAAUUUUAAACCAGGUACUAAAAAUUGGGAUAUUACAAAUGUUGUUGGAAAAGUUGCAAAAUCAUUUGAUGUAACUCCAGUUGAAAAUAUGUUAACUUAUAAUCAAGAAAGAUUAAAAAUGUAUGCAAAUAAAGAAAUCAUAUUAAAUCCUUCAAAACAAAAUAAAGCAAGUAUGGAAACUCACAAAGUUGAAUUAAAUGAUGUUUAUGGUUUAGAUAUAUUAAUUUCAACUUCUAAAGAUGGUAAAGUUAAACCAUCAAAUUUUAGAACUUCAUUAUAUAAAUUAACAGGUGAAUCAUACGCAUUAAAAAUGAAAAUGUCUCAUAAAAUUUUAGGGGAAUUAAAAACAAAAGCUAAUGGUCAUCCAUUUCCUUUCAAUAUUCGUAAUUUAGAAGAUCCUAAAAAGGCAAGAGGUGGAUUGGCUGAACCAACAAACCAUAAGAUCUUGUUAUCAUACGACGUUGUUGCUGAAAAAGAAGGUGAAUAUAUUGCUCAAUUUUAUACCACAUUUGGUGUUACUAAAAAUGGUAUAGUUAAAUAUACUGUACCAGUAUUUGAUGAAGAAUUUUAUAAAAGUGAUAAAGAGUACAAAGAAGAAGAGUCUUCUUAA